AUGUCAACAGGACCUGCUAUUGGUAUAGAUCUCGGAACCACAUACUCAUGCGUCGGUGUGUGGUCUAACGACAAAGUAGAAAUCAUCCCCAACGAUCAAGGUAACAACACCACUCCAUCAUACGUCGCUUUCACUGAAGAAGAAAGACUUAUUGGUGAUGCUGCUAAGAAUCAAGUUGCCAGAAACCCAAAGAACACCGUCUUCGAUGCUAAGAGACUUAUUGGAAGAAAAUUCUCUGAGAAACAAGUACAAGACGACAUGAAGCAUUGGCCAUUCAAGGUCGAGCAAGGUGCUGGUGACAAGCCAGUCAUUGUUGUCGACUACAAGGGAGAGACCAAGAAAUUCCACGCUGAGGAAAUCUCAUCUAUGGUAUUGGUCAAGAUGAAGGAAAUUGCUGAGGCUUAUCUCUCAAAGACCAUCAAGAACGCUGUUAUCACCGUCCCAGCUUAUUUCAAUGACUCACAAAGACAAGCCACCAAGGAUGCUGGUACCAUCUCAGGUAUGAAUGUCCUCAGAAUCAUCAACGAGCCAACUGCUGCCGCUAUUGCUUAUGGUCUCGACAAGAAAUCAUCCCAAGAGAAGAACGUUCUCAUCUUCGAUCUCGGUGGUGGUACUUUCGAUGUCUCCCUCCUCACCAUUGAAGAGGGUAUCUUCGAAGUCAAGGCAACCAAUGGUCACACCCAUUUGGGAGGAGAAGACUUCGACAACAGACUCGUCGACUACUGUAUUGCUGAAUUCAAGAAGAAGACUGGUAUUGAUAUCACUGGAAACGCCAGAGCUCUCAGAAGACUCAGAACCCAAUGCGAGAAGGCCAAGAGAAUCCUCUCAGCUGCCCAUCAAGCCCCAAUUGAGUGCGAAACCCUCUCAGACGGUGAGGACUUCAACACCCAAAUCUCAAGAGCCAAGUUCGAAGAACUCUGUAUGGAUCUCUUCAGAAAAUGUAUGCCACCAGUUGAAAACGUCCUUAAGGAUGCCAACUUGGCUAAAGGUCAAAUUCACGAAGUCGUACUCGUCGGAGGUUCCACUAGAAUCCCCAAGGUUCAACAAAUGCUCUCAGACUUCUUCAACGGUAAAGUCCUCAACAGAUCAAUCAACCCAGAUGAGGCCGUCGCCUAUGGUGCUGCUGUUCAAGCUGCUAUUCUCACUGGUGAGGGAGACAGCAACGUUAAGGAUCUCCUCCUUCUCGAUGUUACCCCACUCUCAACUGGUAUUGAGACCGCUGGAGGUGUUAUGACUGUCCUCAUUCCAAGAAACACUACCAUCCCAACCAAGAAGUCUCAAAUCUUCACCACCUAUGCUGACAACCAACCAGGUGUCUUGAUUCAAGUCUUCGAAGGUGAAAGAUCCAUGACCAAGGAUAACCAUCUUCUCGGUAAAUUCAACUUGGAAGGUAUCCCACCAGCCCCAAGAGGAGUUCCACAAAUCGAAGUCACUUUCGAUAUUGAUGCCAACGGAAUCCUCAACGUUUCAGCCGUCGACAAGGGAACUGGAAAGCUCAACAAGAUUACCAUCACUAACGACAAGGGUAGACUCUCCAAAGAAGAGAUUGAAAAGAUGGUCAGUGAAGCUGAGAAAUACAAGGGAGAAGACGAAAAGAUGAAGAAGAGAAUUGAAGCCAAAAACAGCUUCGAAAACUACUGCUUCCAAAUGAAGAACACCCUCAAUGACGAGAAAUUGAAGGAGAAGUUCACUGAAGAUGACAAGAAGGUUAUUGAGGAUGCCUCCAAGGAGGGUCUCCAAUGGCUUGAGUCAAACCCAAUGGCUGAGCCAGAGGAAAUUGAAGCCAAGCAAAAGGAAGUUGAGGCCAAGUACAACCCAAUCAUGAUGAGAGUCUAUCAAGCUGCCGGUGGAAUGCCAGGUGGUAUGCCAGGUGGAAUGCCAGGCGGUAUGCCAGGUGGUUUCCCAGGUGGUGCCCCAGGUGGUGCUCCAGGUGGAUCAGGUGGUGUUGAAGACCUCGACUGA